UUUUUUAAAAUGGAAAAACAGAAAUCGGUCAAUCUUGAGAAAUAUCCUCUUUUCUUUCUUUUUUUUUUUCCUUAAAUCGUAAGACCCCUCGUUUGUUUGGUUUUUUUUUUUUUUUAAUUCAUUUCUGAUCAACACAAGGAAAAAGGGGGGAAAUGGGAGAUCAAUUAGUGAGAGGAGAAGAAUUCGAGAACAAAGCAGAGAGAAAGCUAAGCAGCUGGGGCUUGUUUGGCUCGAAAUAUGAAGACGCCUCCGAUCUCUUUGAUAAAGCUGCCAAUUGCUUCAAGCUCGCCAAAUCCUGGGACAAAGCUGGAUCAACCUAUGUAAAGUUGGCAAAUUGUCAUUUGAAAUUAGAAAGCAAGCAUGAAGCUGCUCAAGCUUAUGUUGAUGCUGCUCAUUGCUAUAAGAAAACAAAUACAAAGGAGGCUGUAUCUUGCUUGCAGCAGGCAGUGAACAUGUUUUGUGAUAUUGGAAGGCUUAGCAUGGCUGCAAGGUAUUUUAAGGAAAUUGCUGAAUUAUAUGAGUCUGAGCAAAACAUUGAGCAGGCUAUUGAUUAUUAUGAAAAGGCUGCAGAUUUCUUCCAAAAUGAAGAAGUAUCUACUUCUGCCAACCAGUGUAAGCAGAAAGUUGCACAAUUUGCUGCUCAGAUAGAACAAUACCAGAAAGCCAUUGAGAUUUAUGAAGAGAUAGCACGACACUCACUUACCAAUAACUUGCUGAAGUAUGGAGUUAAAGGGCAUCUUCUUAAUGCUGGCAUUUGUCAGCUCUGCAAAGGUGAUGUUGUUGCAAUCACCAAUGCAUUAGAGCGAUAUCAGGACCUGGAUCCAACUUUUUCCGGAACACGAGAGUAUAGAUUAUUGGCUGACAUUGCUUCUGCUAUUGAUGAGGAAGAUGUCACGAAGUUUACAGAUGUUCUCAAGGAAUUUGAUAGCAUGACCCCAUUGGAUUCUUGGAAGACUACCCUUUUACUUCGAGUGAAGGAAAAGCUGAAAGCUAAAGAACUGGAGGAAGAUGAUCUUACCUAAAAUAGCUUCAUGUCAUAAUCACCUUGUGUUUCCGGUCUUUUAAUGGCGAUUGCUUUGUAUUAUGGUUCUAUGUCCAGUUAUACGCUUAUAAUCACUUAUAACAAUUGGUUUAGGAGAUUUUACCUGUUUGGCUUUAAACUUGAGAAACUGUGCUGCUGGUGAUUGGGUGAAAAUGACAUUGUAAUUGGAACACUACAGCUUUUUUUCUUCUAUGGAUUCUUCCAAGUAUUUUAUUCAUUGCGAAAGGAGGUGAAAUUUAAAUGGAGAAAAGAGUUGAAAAUAAUUUUAUGAUCAA